CAACGGACACCCGGUCACCAGCGGCACAGCGGAGAGCUCGGCUCAGCAAAUUGUAACGCUUUCGUGUCUUGGCCACGAGACUCUGGCUGUCUUAGCGAUAGCCUCGCCAUCGUCAUCGUCGAUUCCGUGACUUUCCGUGGAUCGUUACGAGUCACUUCCACCAUUCAUUUGGAUAACGUCGAUCGUGCCUCCGUAUUUUCGACGGUGGAUUCGAGGGAAUUGUGUAUCGGACAUCGAUCGCGCCGUGCAGAUAUACUUCUUCCGAGGAAAAAACUAACGAGAGACCGAUUCCACGCUUCCAGUACAUAGUCGCUGAUACAUCCCUGUCGAUAACUGUCUGCGGAAGGACGAUAACAUCGUGACGUAACUAUCGGGCGCGAUUCUCGCGGCGCAAUUGCGCCGGAUAGACAGCGGUGCGAAUAUUACUAUCAAAUGGGGAAGCGGUGAGUGAUUGCUUCGUGGGUGGUGACGGAAGCCCCGUGACGACUUUAUUUAUCGAGUUCGCGGCCGCAUAGGUGGUGCGCGUAGAGACCGCGGCGAAAGGUGUUUAUCGGUAGAAUAAAUCAUUCACGCGCACCGCGGUGGGAUCGUGAGCUACGACUAUAAUAGUGACACAUUUGUUGCACAAUAACGGCGUUACGCUUCGCGAUUGUCGCUCCCGGAGCUCCCGCAGAUAUCAUCGGGAGAGUAAUCUCGAUAUUCGCGCGCUCACGCGUACGCGCGCGCGAAGUAAGAAUUGACCCACUUCCGAAUUGCAAUGCGUUGAAGCGCGUCGCUUCACGCUCGGUUCGCUUCACCGAGCCGAGAAGGCUUCUUUCGUGGACAUCUACGAACUUCGUUGAUCCGCUCGUGCAUACCUAUUACGCAACGAGGAUGCAAGAGUGUUCGAGAAGACGUCAGUAUAUUGCGCGUCUGAUACGAUCGAUUACCUAAUGAUAAACCUUGAGCUGUUACUCACACAGCGACACCAAAAGCAAUGACUAGUGAUCACGCGAGUACGCAUCGUUAUUCCAUUUUGCGUCUUCCGUUGAGUACAUUACGAGCUAGAAGAAGAUACGGUAUCCGCCGCAUGGCUCGACUCGGUGUACUGGUACACCGUGCGGCAGAGCGAACAAUGGAUAUGAAAAGAGCAGAGGCUAAGUAGCAGGCUGCAGGAUACGCAGAAACGGAGACGGCGCGAGGGGUAGAUUGGAAAGAGGCGUGCGGCCGACAGAAAGCGAGAGUGAACGCCAGGGGGAUAGGCACGGAGGCCGAAAGUAAGGCAGUAAGGGUGGUUCGGCCGUUGUGACAAAGCCGUCGCAGGGGGAGAAGUGUGGAGUCGCACGGCGAAAAAAAAUGAGGGAGCAAGCUCUGUCGGAUGUGUGGCGGCUGGUGUGGUUGCUCUGCCUCGUCCUGGCGACGAGCCUGGCGCAAACGUCGCAGGUCUGUCCGUCCCACAGCGAGAUCGCGCCCUGUUACUGCAGCGUGAAGAAAUCCGGCCUGGACAUUGUGUGCGAGAUCACCGACCUGCAGCACAUCUCCAGGGCCAUGGCCGUGCUUAAGGGAAGGCCGAACCUCGUGAUAUUCUAUCUCAGGCUCAGGCAUAACAACCUGCCCAAGUUGCAGGGAUACGUGUUCCUCGGGCUUGACAUACGCCACCUCACUAUCCACAACAGCAGCCUAGCGGUGCUCGAGGAAUCUUCCCUUAGCUCUAUCGGAACGGGAUUGACACAGCUGGAUCUCUCCCAAAAUUCGCUGGGUAGCGUCCCAUCCCUCGCAUUAAAAGACCUUCACCAUCUGCUGAUUUUGAAUUUAAACCGUAAUAAAAUCACAGCCAUCCACGGCAGGGCUUUCGAAGGUCUCGACACACUCGAAAUCCUCACCCUUUAUGAGAACAAGAUCUCCAGUAUAGAAGCAGAUGCAUUCAAAGGACUCGAUAACCGAAGACUCAAAAGACUUAACUUAGGCGGAAAUGAGCUCACGAGGAUCCCAACGCAAGCUUUAUCUUCGUUAGAAUUGUUGAAGAAAUUAGAAAUGCAAGAGAAUCGCAUAUCUACCAUAAAAGAGGGUGACUUCGAAGGAUUGAAAGCGCUCGAUUCAUUAGGAUUGGCGCACAAUCACCUUCGUGAGAUCCCGGCGCAUGUAUUCUCCCACUUGACGCAAUUAAACUCUUUGGAACUCGACGGAAAUCAGAUUACCCACGUGGAUGCCAAUGCGUUCAUCGGUCUUGAGGAAAAUCUACAAUAUUUACGAAUGGGAGAUAACAAUUUGCAUUCGGUACCGAGUGACGCUCUGCGACGUUUGCAUCGCUUACGCCAUCUUGACUUGCGGUCAAAUAACAUCACUGUACUUCCGGAGGACGCUUUCACGGGCUACGGAGAUUCCAUCACUUUCCUUAAUCUGCAGAAAAAUAUGAUCAAAGUACUUCCGCCUCUGGUAUUCGAAAAUCUCAAUUCGUUAGAAACUUUAAGUUUGCAAAAUAACAGACUCACGCAUAUCCCGGAAGAAGUUACAGAGAACAUCGUUGACACUCUACGUCACAUCGAUAUAACAGAUAACCCUUUGAUUUGCGACUGCGAGCUACGAUGGUACUCCGCGUGGCUCGGAAAUCUGCGCGACAAGGACGACGAGAUGAUGUCAAAGAAGCGAACGGUCUGCAUGAUGGCGCAGGAACACCGUGAAUACUCCGUGCAGAGUAUCCCGCUCGAUAGGAUGGGUUGCGCGGGCAAGAACGUCGGGAAAUUCUCGUCGUCGGCUACCGGGUGUAGAGUGUAUGUGGACGCGACGCUACCGUUGAUUGUUCUUACCGCUGUUCUAGUGUAAUCUCGCAAGGAUCUUGCGCGGCAUCGCGAUGACAGACGGCCGACCGGCUUUUCGUUUCGAUGUCGAUGGAACGAUUAAUCAUACUGUCUUCAUAAUUGCCGUACAUCAUUGUGAAUUUUCGAUUUCGUCAUUCAGCUCUGUAAGGAAGGAUUCCCUGCUUUUCGAGGUAAUCGUGACGCGAUAGCGGAGACGCGUCACGAUUCCACAAUUGCCAUCCUUUUCCCGCAGAAAAUGAAACGCUACGUUUAUCACGUUAAUACCAUCGCGAUAAUUUAACACGCUCUCGUGUGACAGACGCGCGCGGUCCGUUAUGGAAAUGACGCGAGGGAGUUGCGACACGAAAAGUCGGCGGCAUUAACGCCGAUGUCCGUUUGUCACGAUCGGCUGAAUUAUAACAAGAUUUGAACACCGGCUGACGAAGGCUGAAGCCUCGAGCAUUAUUAUUCGUGCGAAUUGCUACGUUUCGGAGCGAUAGAUAGGGUAGGAAUGAUCGAUUCCUUGCGCCCUUUGAGAAGUCCCGCUUUCCUUUUUAUUUCCCAGGAGAUACGCGAGGACAUACGCCUCUGUUCUCACGCGCGGAGUGAUAUAUAUUAGGUGUUGCGUAUAGCGACCGCGGUUACUUUUCUGUGCAGAGACACGCGUCCAUGCGAUGCGACCGCGCGUGGACAAUCAUGUAGCGUUUGGUAACCGCGACAAUCGAUCCUUUUGAGAACUGGGUACUUUAAACGCUUCCGGAUAUCUCGCCGGGCGGUAUUUUUCGCGUUAUUUUCUUUUCCGAUCACACCACCGGAACGGACCAUUUGUCGAGUUCUCGAUUCCGAUUGGUCUUCAGUACGUGCACGACAAUCUAUUCGUUGCUUAUGAAGAAAGCUUUGCCGAAAUGUUUGAAUUUUCAUUCGAAUCGACCUACACAUCUGGAUUUCUUUUCGGUGUUUCUAAAUUUACUUGCUACUGAAAUAUGAAAUCAGUUCAUUCUAACGUAUACACCAUAAGCCCGAUUUAUUAUUCGUCGCGUUUGAUCAAGCCCGUGAAAAAAACAACUCGCGAAAGUACAAUGAUCGUGUUUUAAAAAGCUAAUUGUUGCGGUAAGUCAGGUCGCAGUAAGUAUCCAUGAGCAAUCCCUUCAAUUUCCCACGUGUCGAAAUGAUAAUCACAGACACCGCAGGACAUUCGCUAGACAUUAAUAUAACGAGCAACAUUAAUAUACGUACGUAGGGGAUGCAUUUGCUAUGCGAUGAUGGAUUAAUUUCUGAUAAUAUCAUUGUUAUUUAUGGAACCCUCAGAUGCUUUACGAUCGAAUUACAAACACAGGCCGUGGCAUCUAUUGUAAACAAUGAAUCUACCUCGUGCUGCUCAUGCAUAUAAUUCGUCGAAGAGACUUCUACCGAAUAAAAAGACUUCUAUAAGUACAGUAAAUAUUUCUCUGAUUCUCAUUAGGCAGCGAGGUUAUAACACCCGUACACGUGGUUCGAUGGUACAGGAUCUGAGCUAGGAAAUAAACGUUGAUCGACCAGUGGAUCGUGGAAUACUCGCGCGCGAUCAGGAGCGCGCGAGUUUUCUUCACCGGAACGUUACAUAUCAGCAUCGUUGCCAAUUAUUUCGUGGUUUAUCCGUUAAGACUCGCGGCGCGAGGCGUAGUAUACACACUAGCGGAUCCGAGUAGCCGGAAGUCAGAUUCCGGGCCACUCGUUAUAUACAUAUCAACGCGUUCCUGUUGAACAACAAGUGCUGCGAACAGUCGAUAUCCUCCGUACGCUCGACUAUUUUCCGUAUGCCACGAUCUUCCGAAACGUCUGCGACGCCAAUGGCUGUUUAUUUCUAAUUUGGUUAUUCAAGAGCUUUGCCGGAUCUUAAAAAUUUGCAGAAAUUAUUCGAACGGAUAUACUACUUUAUAUUCAUUGGGAUAGCAAACAGUCUGAAAGUAGGUCACUCGACUUUCCCGCUUAAAUUCGUUAUAUCACGAAUGGGUCUUAUUGAUUAAGACGCAAUGAUCGGGAAAGAAAAUGGCUCGACUAAAUCCGGGUAUUAAAAGUAAACAACGCUCGUGACGCGUUCAUUCUUUUAUCAACCUUUCUGCCGGAAUGCGCGCGCACGCGCGCGCGGCAGUCUGCAACACUGUAACAUCUUGAGAUCGCCGCAAUACUUAACUCGAUUCGCAAAGACCCGACCGCGCGAAAUGAGAUAACGACUGUGCUGAUGACACGUAAUACUCCCAACGAUACUCUCAACAGGAAACUGACACUUGUCAAAGUGCCGGUAGAGAGCACAAACGCGGUUAUUCAAACGCCUCGUUGCGUUCGCUUUACGACUCGGUUACUUCGCCGCCGCGACGGCUCACGUGUUGCACGAAAAUUGCAUCAUCUUUGCAGGAAACGCAUGUGCGACGCACGUGUUCGUGACGAUCACGAGACGCGGAGCAGCCGUAAGAGCAUAUGUAUAUUAAUAAUGUCAGUCGGUUGUGUUCAAAAUAUUUUCCCCUCUGUUGCAACAACAAUUUGCGCUUGCGCACGGAAGACCGUGGCAUAUGAAAAUACAUUUUACGCAUGUUCCGCCUCGAGGAACGUUUUCGGCGAAUGUUAUUCAACGAUGCAUAUCCACGCGACGAACGCGUUUCUCAGCGAGGAACACCGUACGCGGGAGAUCGAUCGUACAAGAGAUUAGUUCACAGGACGUAGUGCUGAUCACAGUGCUAACGCAGAAAGUAACAUGUGUUUUGCUAUUCGAUACGUAUGAAAAUAAGGUAGAACUAAGCCUAAGGCAUUACUAUAAGGCGCAUACACCGCAUGGCGGAUUAUUAAGGUCACCGGUAUGCGUUAUGUAGCGCGUCAAGCUGAGCCAUUCAAAAGUGAAUUUUAAAGCUAAGCAUUUUAGAGAACGCAUUUGAAUUCUUUGAACAUUCCACAUUUCAGUUCAGUAUAUAAAACACGCUUGAAUAACUUCGUUAUAAUUGUCACCAAUACUCUUCAUAUAUAAAAUAUUAGAACCUCUUUUUUUUAAAUUUAAUAGCUGCAUUACUUCAACAAAUCAGUAAAGAAAAAUUACGUAAACAAAAUAAUUUUUAAGCCAAUGUUUAAAAAAAUUAAACAUUUUACUUUAAAUAAAAUAUUUUACUUUAAUUUUUUAAAUUCAAAUUAGAAAUAGAGCAAUCGUAUUGUGACUGCAAGAUUUCACGUAAUUUAAAAGUAAAUGUAAAUUGUUAAAAUCUGAAUGCAAUGACGAUGCUUUACACUUAUUUUAUUUGUGCUGUGUUCAAUUUCAUUCAUAAUGGCUUUUGAUUUAAUAAGCUGUAAUCCGAAAAA